ACGAUUUUUGGAAAACGAAAUGAGUGGAAUUUGCAAGUUGACACAAUAAAUAAAUAAAGUGUCUCAACCACUAGAAAAAAAAAAGAAUACUAACAGUAAAGCCAAAAGAAAACAGUGUAGAAGACAGAGAAAAGCUUAUACAAUCUUUUUUCAAGGAGUAAGAAGAAGAAGAAGUUGAAGAAGCUACAUGCAUUCAUUUUUUCAAGCUGGUUGUUAAAUCACCAAGAGACAUUUUCAUGGGGGAUUAUUCCUCACAACCUGGACCAGAAUUUGAUGUGUAUUUCAGUUUCAGCACACAAGAUCCUCAAAAACAUAUAACAGAAUUUACAAAUAAGUCUUUGGUCAUUGAUGGGAUCCGUACAUUCAGGGAUGAAAAUCAGGUUCUCCAAAGAGGACUUCAACUUGAGCAACAGAGAAAAGAAGCUAUCCAAACUUCAAGAAUUGCCAUUCUUCUGCUCUCCCAAGAGUAUCUCUCUUCUGAGUUUUGCCUUGAAGAACUUGUUUUGAUACUGAGGUGUAGGGAAAGAUGGGGAAUGAUUGUUGUGCCUAUUUUCUAUGAUUUGAACCCUUCUGACCUCAGGAAAGCAAGAGGACCUGUUGCCACUGCUUUGAGUAGACAAAGGGUUGGAGGGUGCUGGUGGAAAAGGUGGAAGUUGGCUCUUCAAGAGGCAUCUGAUUUGUGCGGCUGGGAUCACACCACAUAUAUUGACAUCUUUAAGAGUGAAUCCAAGUUUGUUGGGGACAUUACACAAGAUAUCAGGGAUAAAAGAAUUCCUUCAAAUCUGAAGAUCUCUAUAUACCCCAUUAGAUAUGACACAUGCUAUGAAUAUCUUAAUCUCUUCUUGCAAAUGGGGUCAAAUGAAGUUCUGGUUGUGGGGAUUGCAGGCCAAAACAAAAUGGGGAAGACAAUUAUAGCUAAAUCAGUUUAUGAUGGAAUUUUUGAGGCCUUUGAUGGCCGCAGCUUUCUCCGCGGCGUGGGACAAAAAUCGAGAAAACCAAAUGGUCUGGUUCACUUGCAAGAAAAACUUCUUUCUGAUCUUCUGUUGGGAGAGAAGAUAAACAUAACUAGUGUAACAAGAGGUGUAGAUGUUCUACAGAAAAGACUCAGUUGUAAGAAGGUUCUAAUUGUUCUUGAUGAUAUUGAUAAUUUAGACCAAUUAUACGCUCUAGUUGGAAGCCGAAAAUGGUUUGGUACGGGUAGCAAAAUUAUCAUAACAACAAGAAUAUUAUCACUACUUCAUUUCUAUAAAGUGGACCAAGUAUUUGUGGCUGGAGGCCUUCCUCUACCAGUUGAUAUCCAAGAAAUUUGGGAACCAUAUCAACAAAGUUGUCACCGGAUUGCAGGACUUAAAGCAUAUAUACAGAGCUUGUGUUACAUGACCAAUGACAGGGUGAAAAUGCUCGAAGAUCAGUUGCGUAGAGGGUGUAAUACAAAUGCAAUUCAGGCACAAAAGAUAUGUGAACUGAAGUUGGCCGAAGAGGCGGAAAUUGGAUAACCUGAUGAGCUCGUGACUUGUGAGCACCCUGAAAUGAAAGGAGUGUGUGUUGAUUUUGGUCGAUGAAAGAACAUUAGAGGAUUUUGUUUAAAGUUUGAACCAAAACAUCUAAUAUAAGACUGUCUAAACUAUCCAGUGAAAUUCAAAAUGUGGUUAUCUUAGGAGGAGAGAGGACUACGUGCAGUGCAGAAUUGAUCUAAUACUAUAUACAAAAUAAUGUCUAUAAAAUUUUCUACAACUA